AUGUAAGUGCUUUAACCAAUUAACGAUCAAUAAUAGCCCGUAAAAAUAAGUUCAGAUUAUCAAUUUAAAGAGGUUCCUUAAUCUAGAUGCAUAUAUCAUCCUUAGUACAUUCGUCAUUUUUGUAAAGAACCAUCUUGUUUGAUGCCAUUAUGUGAAGAUUGUAUUAAGGUACAUCCUCAUUAACAUUCUCGUUAUAGUAAUAAUCUAAUAAUAUAAACAUAUUAGUUGACUCAAUAGAGAGUACAUUAUCAUAGGUUUAUAAAGGUUAUGCAAGUAAGGCAAACGAGAUAGCUACUCAUUAAACAGGAGACAUAUUGUAAAUAAGAUAAGACUUACAUAAGUUAAUAGAUACAAUAGUUGAUGAUGUAUUGAAUAAGGCUGAUAAGAAUUAUUAAUAUGAUUAAAUUGUGUAAUGGAGAAAUUUAAUAAAGAAAUUAGAGAGAUUGAAAGAUCCAAAUAAUUGUUUAAAGGAAGCAAUAUUAUACUUUGCAGAUUAAGAUAAUUCAAACGCAUAAUUGAAAUAUUAAGGAGUUCCAAUAUAAGUGAAUUAUGAAGCAUUAGAAUAAGCAAAGUUUCAUCUGCAUCAUUUAUUUAUGGUGACAUUAGAAGAUGGAGAGUAUUUUUUUAGACCAGGUGAAAGAACUGGAGAUAAUCCUAUAAGAAGAGUAUCAAGAAUGAUAUAUGAUCCUGUUUUACCUACUCAUACAGAUUAUCAACCGUAUAAUUACAGUCCUUAAAGAAUGAUGAUGACUUAACCUGUGUAGCCUUAAUAGAUAGUUUAUCAAACUUAAGUGACUCCUACUACAGUAUAGAGUUAAUAACCACCCAUAGUUUAAAUAAUACCUUAAGUUUAACCUUACUCAUAAUAUAUUUAACCAUAAGUCUAAGCUUAACCAAUUGCACAACCUCCACCUUAACCAUAACCUAUAGUUAUUAAUAAGACAGAACCUCCUUAACCUUUAGUUUAUUAUUAAGAAAGCCCGAUAAAGAUGGUUUCUCCUAAAUAAGAACCUUUCAUUCAAUAAAUCACCGUACCUCAACCAACAAUUUAAUAAACUAUACCAUAACCAUAGAUUAUUUAAUAUGUUUAACCUGUAGUUAGACCACCCUAAUAAACUGUUCCUACUCUUUAUACAGUCUCAGGGUCUAGACCAUUUAUUCCUUAAUAAGUAAUUCUUUAAUUAAUUAUUCAUAGUAGAAUACAGAAUACUCACAUCCUUAUCCAUUAAUACAGUAAUGA